AGCUACGUACCUAUAUACUCCGCGCAAGGCGGUAAUUGGGCCAAACGUGCAACGUAAACGUCGGUAUUUGUCUUCUUUUUAAUGAUUCGCCUGAUUUCCCCAAUUCGAAACGUUGCAUGGUUUCACCGAGUCGGCCAUAGCCAACCCCCGUUUGCUCUCCGUUUGCUAGGUAAACAACCGGUUUCAUCGCAACCUGUAGUGAGCGACUUUUGGCACCACCUGACGUCAGCUCCAUCGUGGUGGAAACUUGGGAAUCUUGGCAUUGGGCUACUUAAUAACCCCGCAGAGGAAACGCAGGUGCCCGAUCACACCAACUCGCCGUUCCCGCUUUUGACCGCGCUCGAUGCAAGUCAAAUCCUCUCGAAAACAUCAACUUGGCACAACAAAGCAGCAUGGCGUCCAUCAUCGAGAAUCUCGCCGCCUCGGGCGGCACCGAAAGCCCUGGCUUCCUCAACGACCUUGUCACCCAGCUAUGGCCAAACAUCUGCGUCGCUGGCGGCCGCAUGAUCAAGGAGAUCGCCGAGCCCAUGUUCGCAGCCAUGCUCCCUGCGCCCCUCAACACGCUCCGCUUCGAGAAAAUCGAUCUGGGCCGCGUGCCCAUCCGCUUCGCCAACGUCGACGUGCACAGGACGGAGAACGAUGGGAUAAAGCUCGACUUGGAUCUCGACUGGGACGGCGAGUGCGAUAUCGAGCUCAAGGCCAACAUGAUUCCGAAGCUAGGAGUCGAGCACGUCAAGCUGAGAGGUAGACUCUCGGUAUUACUGUGUCCGCUGACCAAUGUCAUCCCCCUGAUCGGGGCCGCCCAAGUGUCCUUCAUCAACGCGCCGUCCUUGCACCUCGACUUCACCGACGCGGGCGGGUUCGGCGACCUGGCGCUGGUCGACCGUGCCGUGCGCAAGAUCGCGCUCGGCAUCAUCUCGUCGCUGGCCGUGCUGCCGAACCGCUUCCUCGUCAAGCUCGACGCCAACAACGACUACUUCAAGACGUACCAGCACCCGCUCGGCGUGCUGCGGCUGACGGUCGAGUCGGGCGCGAACCUCGGCGGCGGCGGCGUCGGCGGCGAGGAAGAAGAAUCCAAGACGCGCCGGCUUUUCAAGCGCAUGCUGCGCGACGUGCCCGACUGCUUCGUGACGGUCAAGGUGUCGGCCGAGGCGGCGGGCAAGUGGCGGACAGCGACGGUCAAGAACAACCACCACCCGGCGUGGAACCAGACGCACGACUUUGUGGUCGGCGACGACGAGCAGGACGUGAUGGCCGACGUCAAGGACGACGACCUGGCGGGCGACGACGACGUCGGCCUCGCCGUCACCACCGUCAAGCAGCUGCUGGCCGCGCCCGGCCGCCGCCAGGAGCUCGCCCUGCUGCACGAAGAGCAGCCCAUCGGCGCCACGCUGACCCUCAGCGGCCGCUUCUUCCGCUUCGUGCCCGACGCCGCGAGCCUGCUGGGCGACGGCAUCGGCGACGGCGAUGGCGAGAGCAUCCGCGGCCUACUGACGGUCGUGAUCGCGUCGGCGUUCGGCAUACCGGGCGCGCGCCAGACGCUCAAGCCGAGCGUGCGCGUGUCGUGGGGCGAGGCGCACUUGUUCCGCACCGCCGUUAAGACGGACGCGCCCGGCGCCGACGUCGCCAACUCGUCGUUCGACCAGGCGUUCCGCGUCCCCAUCGCUGGAGACGGCAUUGCCGGCGCGCCGCCCGUGCGCAUCGCUUUGUUCGACGGGGAAGAGGAGCGCGGCGCCGUCGAGGUGUCUCUGGAGGACGUGCUGGCUGCGCCGGACCUCGUGCUGAAGGACUCGUUCGAUGUCGGCGACGGGGCUACGGUUCGCGCUGGGAUCUGGCUGAGGGGCACGCAGCUGGAUGAAUAGCUGUCUUGUCCCUUAGUUUGCGUGGUAGGUACAAAUUGGACUGGCAUGAGGACACAAGGGCAACCACCUAACCUAACACUCACGAAAGUGUGAGAAUUCUUGGAGUUAGCUUUCAUAGCGAGGCAAAUACAUACGCAUGGGCUCCAUUCAACAUCAAGCGAUUAUGUCCGCGUUUCCUAGAAACUAAUAACAGGAACAAAUA